GUGCCAUUCCCUCCUCGUAGUUCGUACUCAAACACUUAGAGCCCAAAAUUCCUCUGUAUCUUCUUUUCUUCAACUAAAAGGGUCAUCAAUGGAUCCUUACAAGUUUCGUCCAUCAAGUGCAUACAACUCUACAUUCUUUACUACAAACUCCGGGGCUCCUGUUUGGAACAAUAACUCAUCUCUGACAGUUGGAUCAAGAGGUCCAGUUCUUCUGGAAGAUUACCAUUUGGUGGAGAAACUUGCCAAUUUUGACAGGGAACGGAUCCCAGAACGUGUUGUUCAUGCCCGAGGGGCUAGUGCCAAAGGGUUCUUUGAGGUCACACAUGAUAUAUCUCAGCUUACUUGUGCUGAUUUCCUUCGUACCCCUGGUGUCCAGACCCCUGUCAUCGUGAGGUUUUCAACUGUUAUACAUGAAAGGGGCAGUCCUGAAACUUUAAGGGAUCCUCGAGGUUUUGCAGUGAAGUUCUACACCAGAGAGGGAAAUUUUGAUCUGGUGGGGAACAAUUUUCCUGUCUUUUUCAUCCGUGAUGGCAUGAAGUUUCCUGACAUGGUCCAUUCUCUGAAACCAAAUCCCAAGUCCCAUAUUCAGGAAAACUGGAGGAUCGUUGACUUCUUUUCCCACCAUCCUGAGAGUUUGCACAUGUUCACUUUCCUCUUUGAUGAUAUAGGUGUACCACAGGAUUACAGGCACAUGGAUGGAUCUGGUGUUAACACAUAUACAUUGAUCAAUAAGGCAGGGAAAGCACAUUAUGUGAAGUUUCACUGGAAGCCCACUUGUGGAGUAAAGAGUUUGCUGGAGGAAGAGGCUAUUAAGGUUGGUGGAGCAAAUCAUAGCCAUGCUACUCAAGACCUCUACGACUCCAUAGCAGCUGGAAACUACCCUGAGUGGAAGCUUUUCAUCCAGACAAUUGAUCCUGAUUAUGAAGACAAAUAUGACUUUGACCCACUUGAUGUGACUAAGACUUGGCCUGAGGAUAUCUUGCCCCUGCAGCCAGUAGGCCGUCUAGUUUUGAACAGAAACAUUGAUAAUUUCUUUAAUGAGAAUGAGCAGCUGGCUUUCUGCCCUGCUAUUGUGGUGCCAGGAAUACACUAUUCUGAUGAUAAGUUACUCCAAACCCGUAUCUUCUCCUAUGCUGACACACAGAGGCACCGUCUUGGACCCAAUUAUUUGCAGCUACCCGCCAACGCUCCCAAGUGUGCUCACCACAACAAUCACCAUGACGGUUUUAUGAACUUCAUGCACAGAGAUGAGGAGGUGGACUACUUCCCCUCGCGGUAUGAUCCUGUCAGGCAUGCUGAGAUGCACCCAAUUCCUUCUGCAGUUCUCACUGGAAGACGUGAGAAGACUAUAAUUCCAAAAGAAAACAAUUUCAAACAACCUGGUGAGCGCUACCGUUCAUUUGCACCAGACAGACAAGAACGCUUUAUCUGUCGCUGGGUUGAUGCCUUAUCUGACCCAAGGGUCACUUACGAGAUACGCAGUAUUUGGAUCUCAUACUGGUCUCAGGCUGACAAAUCUCUAGGUCAGAAGCUUGCUUCUCGCCUCAGUAUCAGACCAAGCAUAUAAAAACGUUACUGCAACCUGCGCCAUUCCCUUCUCGAGAAGGUGCUGCAGAAAAAAGAGGGAAAAUGGUAGUUUUUGUAUGAUGGUCAUCCUGGUUGACAGAACCUGCAGUAAAGACAGUAUUCAUUCGGGUGCUGAAAUAAUUUCUUUUGUUGCUAGUCCAAUUAGGUACAAGAUUAACGGAUAUUUUUACUGUUCGAUGCCUUAUAUCGAUGUAUCAUUGUUCGUUCAUUUGGUUGGUUGAUAUACUGAUUUACAGCCACCCAAUUUUCUGAAAGUAUAAUGUUAACAAUGAUGCAGGUGUAUAAGCAGUAUCAUUUCAAGGUUUUACUGCUUAUAUUGCCAGUGUAAUACCUUAUCCUGCCAAAGUUUUAGCCUACAAGGCAAACAUUAAGCUGC